AUGAAGCGCAGAGCCCUGAUUGGUCUGUUCGGACACGAGAACCCGGCCAUGGAGCUGGAGCUGACCAGCACGGCAGCAGACAGUAAAUACCGAGGCCUGGUGGAGGAUGAGGAUGAGGAUGAAGAUGGCUAUGACCUCACAGAUGCAGGCGGUAAAAGACAGGUGCCCAAAAGAAAGCUCCUGGACUAUUUCAGAGGCCUCGCAGCUAGCAACCAAGACACCGACCAGGUGUCCCGGGCCUGGGGGGUGGAUGUGAUGCGGUUCCUGCUGGAAUGGGGGGCGGACCCCCACAGGGCGGACGGCUUCGGGGUGACGCCCCUCCACGUGGCCGCGGCCCUGGACUACCCCCAGAUGACCCGCUUCCUGCUGGACAGGAAGGUGGACAUGGAGGCGCGGACACAGCAGGCCCAGACGCCGCUGCACUACGCGGCCAAGAGCGGCGCAGCGGGGUGCGUGCGGCUGCUGGUCGCCGCGGGGGCGGAGCUCAGCAGCCGGGACUACAGAGACAGAACGCCGCUGCAGCUAGCCGCCGUCAUGGAUCGUAGCGAGGCGGCUCAUGCUCUCCUGGAGUUGGGGGCGGAUGCUGGGGUGAAGGACUCUGACGGACAGCUCUGUAUCACGGCUAUGAUUGGCCGAAUGCCUGCUGUGGCCCGCAGGGCUCUGGGUCAGUUCCACCAGAAGGACCGCAUGACCCGCAAACAGUUCUACUACCUCAACCUGCUGGAAAUCCGGACCCCCAGCCCCACCGACCCAGAGCAGCCCUCCAGUGAGCCCCGGUCUCCACUGGAGCUGAUCGUGAGCAAAGGCUGUCUGGAGCUCAUCACGCACCCGGUCGUCCUCAAACUGAUCCAGACCAAGUGGAACCUCUACGGGAGGCUAGGGGCGUGGCUGCUCCUCAUCCUAAACAUUCUGUUUAUCGUUGCCUGGACGACCGUGGCCAUCUCCAUCUCUGACACGCCCAAGCCCUACAUCCUGCCUCAGGACUGGUGGAGAGUGCUGCUCCUGGUGGUAGCUCUGCUCCUGCUGGCGGAGGAGGUGCUGAGGGAGGUGAAGGAGAUCCUCAUCUCCAGGAGGAGGCUGCUCCUCUGGAAGACCUGGGCCCAGGGCCACAUCUCCUCCGACCUGCUCCUCUCCCACCCCAUGUGGCCCGAGGAGAGAAGUUUCCUCCAGGAACAGAUCAGACAGAUCCACCAGACCAAGUGGGCCUACUUCCAGGAUCUCUGGAACAUCUUUGAUUGGCUGGUGUACAUCCUGCUGGCGGGGGCGGUGGGCAUCCACCUGGCCGACGUCAUCCUGGGCUCCGCCCCCUUCCACAGCUCCAGUGUCCGCCUCUUCGCAGUCACCAUCAUCUUCCUCUGGCUGCGCGUCCUCAAGCAUGUCCGAGCAUUCAAAGUGAUGGGCCCCUUCAUCGUGAUGCUGGGGGAGGUGGUGGGCGACGUGAUGCGUUUCCUCUUCCUGUACGUGGAGAUCUUCAUCCCGUACGCCUGCGCCUUCUGGAUCAUCUUCGGAGGGCAGGACGCAGUGCCGAGCAUGCGGACCUUCUCCACGCUGCUCUACAGCCUGUACCGCAUGACACUGAUGGACGAGUACCAGUUCGACGCCAUGGUUACGGUGGACUCCACCAUGGCCCACCUGCUGUGUGGAACCUUCCUCUUCCUGUCCUCCAUCCUCUGCAUGAACCUGCUCAUCGCCCUGCUGUCUGACACCUUCCAGAGGGUAUAUGACAACGCCCAGGCCAACGCGGUCAUGCAGCAGGCGGCCAUCAUCCUGCAGGUGGAGGACACCAUCCCCUUCCUGCGCCGUUUCUAUGACCACCGUCACAUCCAGGUCCACUGUGCGCCGCUGGCGGAGUGCUACGACCACGACCUCAACACCGACGCCGUCCAGCACCAGCAGAUGACCAGCCUCGCCUCCACCUUCAAGGUGCUGCUGUCAGAGAGCCUGGAUGAGUUCCUGGAGAUCCAGAAAACGAAUAGCGACACUCCAGAGCAGAACCAAAGGCAGACAAGGAACCAGAGGCAUACCGGUCAGACCCAGGAGAGCCAGCAGAACCAGAAGCAGACCCAUCAGAACCAGAAGCAAACUCAGCAGAACCCCAGUAGCAGCAGGAGGUCCAGUGGUUCCUCUCAGGACCAGCCCGGGGAGACGGUCCUCGCUCGGCUCCAGGAGUCCCAGACCCAGCAGAACCAGGAGCUGCAGUCCGUCAGGGCCCAGCUGAACGAGAUCCGGGCCCUCCUGGACCACCUGGUCCGGACCGGAGCCGGUCCAGGUGGAUUGGAGGAACCAGGCUCGGAUGAUGUCACUGCUACACCUGAACUCAUUCCAUCCUCAUCAUCCUCGUAA